AUGGCCAACUCAACCAAUCCUGAUACCACUCGAGUCGUUGACUCGAAAAAAGUAUGGACAACUCUUAUAACAAACACAGCUUAUCUCUCCGGCCUUCUCACCCUAGACUACUCUCUCAAAAAGCAUGGCUCUGAGUACCCUCUCCUUGCUCUAUAUACCGACACAUUUCCUCCAGAAGGUCACCGCGCUCUCGAGAUCCGUAAAAUCCCCAAGAAGCGAGUCAAAUACCUCCUUCCCGCCGUCCACAAAGAUUUUACCAACGACCCUCGCUUCUAUGACUGCUGGAGCAAGCUCACACCCUUUUCCCUAGAGGAGUAUGACAGGGUUGUCCAGUUGGACAGCGACAUGAUGGUGAUGAGGAAUAUGGAUGAGCUUAUGGAAAUUGAGCUCGACGCUCCUGAAAGUGAGGGGAAAGGGAACAGGGUGUUUGCGGCUAGUCAUGCUUGUGUCUGCAAUCCGAAGAAGAAGCCGCAUUAUCCUAAGGAUUGGACCCCAGAGAACUGUGCCUACACCUCACAACACGACCACCCCGAUGCCGCCCAAACUCAAGGCGCCUCUUCUACUUCAGGCUUAGGCAUUCCCAACGGCGGUCUCCAAGUCGUCAAUCCCUCCAAAACCCUCUACGACCUCAUCCAAGAACGCAUGGCUUCAGACAGCGCGGUCAUGAACUACGAAUUCGCAGACCAAUCGCUCCUCUCCGACCUCUUUUCAGGCAGAUGGGUCGCCCUACCAUACACUUACAACGCAUUAAAGACCUCUCGUGAAACACACGCACCGAUCUGGAGGGACGAUGAGGUGAAGAACAUGCAUUACUUACUUAGCCCAAAGCCUUGGGAUGAGAAAUUGGGGGAAGAGAGUAAUCCAACGCACAGGUGGUGGACCGAGGCGAAUAUGGAGAGACUAAGGGAGGAAAAGCAGAGAGGUAUUGAUGAUGGUUUCUAG